AUGACCGAACCCCGCAUGCGCCUCCGCACCAAAGGCGCGCAAUUCCCCGCCUCAGACCUAACCGCCUUCCUCGUCGCCUACGGCGACUGCAUCCCGCCGCUGCCCGAGACGAUCCGCACGCUGGACGAGAUAAUCACGGACUACAUCAUCGAAACGUGCCACGAAGCCGCGGCGGUCGCGCACCACGCGCGGCGCCAGAAGAUAAAGCUCGACGACUUUAAGUUCAUGCUGCGCCGGGAUACGGCGAAGCUGGGGCGCGUGAGCGAGAUGCUGGAGACGGAUAAGGAGCUCAAGCGGAAGCGGAAGGCAUUUGAUACGGAUGAGGGGGCGGUGGUG